UCAAAGCUCUUGUACAUGUAUUGUGAAUUGGAUGAUAAUGUAUGCCUAAUCAUUUUAAAUCUAAGUAACCUAUUAAGUCUGUGCUCGGUGUCAUGAACAUCUUAAGUGCUUUAUUUCAUUAUGGAGAGAAUUUGCAUGUAGAGAAUUAGUUAUUUGUGAAUUGAGAAUUGAAUUGCUUUUAGAGAUGUUUAUAAAAUGAAGGGUUAGUGAGGUUUUUUUUUUUUUUGGUGAAAUCUAGGAAUGCUUAUGUGCUGUAGAUAAGAUCUAGUCCAUUUUUAAGAUAUUUCCUUGCUAAUUAUUUUCUUUGUUUUUGUUUUGUCCAGUUUGCUGGUUUUGUUUUGUUUUUAAGUUUUGAGUCUCAGUUGAUCCUGGACAUUUAACUGAAAAAAAAAUAAUUCAUAAGCAAUAAUAAAAUUAUAACUCGUGGAUGUCCUACAGUGGAUUAUAGAUCAAGCUGCACAUGGUUUUACAGCGUGCCUAUUGACAGCUUAAGUAGUGACUGUUGAAGGUUGUACUUUUAGUGAACUGUCAGUUUACUAGCUCUGAGUUAAUGUAUUUUUAAGAGUUUAGUAGCAUUGAGUACGAAACUGGAUGAACUCCAAAUACGUAUAAUGAUGGCAACACUCUUUGGAUUGAUGGGGGUGGGGGUGUCUAGAUAAAACACAUUUUAUUUUGUCAAGAAGUAUGUUAAAAUGAUAGUUGUGAAUGUUAGAAGUUUAAAACAAAGUAGUUUAGUUUUGUUUUUGCUUUUUGUUGUUUUUGUUUUUGUUUUUGUUUUUAAAUCAUAAAAACAAGCUAGAUGUUGACAUUGCGAUUUUAGGCUGUGUGUUUUCCAUAUGCUUCUUGCUUUCCCUGUCACAGGUGGUGGCAGCAAUAUUGGUGUGAUUGAGGUUAUGCUGGCACCACUCGCACACAGGCGCACAAUGGUGUUAGCUGGGCAGAAAGAGUGGCAUCUCUGGCUACCGGGCUGGGGGCGACCUUUACCAUAGGAUGAAGUAACCUUGCAUUCGGCUGCAAGGUGUACUGUACGUACACAGGUUUUCCUUUGGAAUAUGGAUAAAUACACCAUGAUUAGGAGACUGGACGGUCAUCACCAUGAUGUGGUGGCUUGUGACUUUUCUCCUGAUGGAGCAUUACUAGUUACUGCGUCCUAUGAUACUCGUGUGUAUGUCUGGGAUCCACACAAUGGAGACCUUCUGAUGGAGUUCGGGCACCUGUUUCCCCCGCCCACUCCAAUAUUUGCUGGAGGAGCAAAUGACCGAUGGGUGAGAGCUGUGUCUUUCAGUCAUGAUGGACUGCAUGUUGCCAGCCUUGCUGAUGAUAAAAUGGUGAGGUUCUGGAGAAUUGAUGAGGAGUGUCCGGUACAAGUUGCGCCUUUGAGCAAUGGUCUUUGCUGUGCCUUUUCUACUGAUGGCAGUGUUUUAGCUGCUGGGACACAUGAUGGAAGUGUGUAUUUUUGGGCCACUCCAAGGCAAGUCCCUAGCCUUCAACAUUUAUGUCGCAUGUCAAUCCGAAGAGUGAUGCCCACCCAAGAAGUCCAAAAACUGCCUGUUCCUUCCAAAAUAUUGGCAUUUCUCUCCUACCGCGUUUAGACUGAGGACUGCCUUUCCUGGUAGGCCUUCCAGACAGAGCGCCCUUUACAAGACACACCUCAAGCUUCACCAGCUCAAGCGUCUGUCCUUGGAAGCCGGGAGAUUUAUUUAAUUUGAAUCCACUCUUCAUUUCAUAAGUUGGACUUUUAAAGCAUUAUUUAUACACCAUAGAAAUAUUUCUGAACAUAUCAUGUAAUUUUUUUAAGAUUAACUGUGAAAACAUUACAUACAUGUAUUGUAUAUAUUUAGAUAUGACCUGCUGCUAUAUAUUGAAUGGGCCCUUUAGUUUUCUCUUAGUUCUGACCUGUAUAUAUUGCUUUAAUAGAGCCAUAAUGUGUAUAUGUGCUGUUUAUUAGAGCAAAUUCAGGGGAAUUUUUGUUUUGUUUUGUUUUUUUAUUUUGGGGGCACUGAGUUUAGAUGAUGCAUGGAAUUGGUCAGGAUGGAUGGUGUGAAACUGUAAGAGAGGUUUUGAAUGUGAAAAAGGGUUUCCAAAAGAAUGGUGUCUUGGAGUUUGAAUGUGAUGAUUUAAAAAAGAGCCAAGUAAAAAGAUAGCUAGAAAAAAGGUUGUCUCUCAUAGGCCUUAAUUUUGGAAAGCAGCUACUUACCCCUCAGAGAGUAAAGUAUUAUGCGUUCUUGUCAAUUUGAAAACUACAUCUACUGUAUCAUUGCUGAAUAUUUUAUUAAUACUAAGGGACAAUUAUUUUAAGACCAUGGUUUUUGUUUUUAACAUUUUAUUUCUGCAGAGGUUGAUAGUGGUAACUUACCAAAGAGAAGCAAUACACAGUAUGUCUGCUUUAGCCUUCUUUUAUUUAUCUCAUCUGCAGAUGUUGAGAAUGUAUGCAUUAUGUAAAAUGCUUGUUUUUUAUCUUUGAGCUUUUUUUAAUUAAACAAC